AUGGGUCAAAAACGGAAACGGCGAAUUUCCUCCAGUCGAGAGGAGGAGGAACAGCUCGCGAAAAUACUCUUCGGCGAUAAAGCGGGUUUUCCGGAGGGAUAUGAUGAGAGCAUCGGCAGCAGCGAGGACGAAGAGGAAGAAAAAGAAAAAGAAGCGGAACCAACCACUGAGGUAUAUUUAAACUCCAAAAAAAUAGCCUCAUUCUUAGCCCCGUAG